AUCAUAUUGGAAUAUCUCUCUGUAGAUUAACAUUAUUUGAUUGAUUAAUCGCUGUCCAUCUAAGGCUCCACUUUCUCCCUCACCCUUUUUAUAGUCAUCUCCCUCUCAAUUGUCUCUUCACCCUCCUCUCUCUCUCUCUCUCUCUCUUCAGAUUCUCCAUAAUUAUUGAAGAUGAAUUCUUCCACGAUCAAGCUCUUCCUGAUCUUAGGUCUCUUGGCCACAUCAUGCGUGGCUCAGGCUCCAGGUGCCGCUCCCACACCGACCCCAACACCGCCAGCACCGACUCCUGCACCAACUACACCUCCACGGACGCCGACUCCAUCACCGUCUCAUUCACCACCAGCACCUGCUCCGGCCACACCUGCACCCACUCCAGCACCAACCACUGCCCCGACUCCUUCACCGACCUCGACUCCUCCAUCUGAGGCUCCCACCCCCGGCGCUACACCUCCUCCAUCACCAUCACCAUCACCAUCCUCUCCCUCGUCUGAGCCAUCGCCGUCCGAUGUUUCUCCCAGCGGCACCUUCGCUGCUGGAUGGAUCGACAGAGUCGUGAUCGCCGGAACUGCACUCGCCGGGACUUUCUUGGCAGUGACUUUGGCUUAGAGAGCCGGAUUUUCGAUUUCAGUGUUUGAGAACUUCCUUGCUAGUGGUUUUUUGUUUUUACACUGUUUUGUUUUUCUUAUUUUGUUGUGAUCGUUGAUUAUUCUAUAUUGAAUUUGGACGGUUGAUUAUUUGGAGGAUGAUGGGUUGCGGGGUUGACACGUGUACCAUUUGAUCUUGGGAAGUGGUGGGUUGUACAUGAGAUGAUUGGUUGAAUAAAACAUUUUGCUAUUCUUUUUCGGUUUU